AUGACAAAUUUUUCAGACCUUUUAGAAAAUAACUUCUGCGACCGUUUCAAUGGCUAUCGCUACAUGACAACAGUUGGGAAUGCUCCCUUUAAGACGGCUUUCUUUGUAAACGCUGCUCUAUNGACAACAGUUGGGAAUGCUCCCUUUAAGACGGCUUUCUUUGUAAACGCUGCUGUAAACGUUCCCUUCUCCAUUAUAGCGACGCUGGCCAAUGCUCUUGUGAUAAUUUCAAUAUGGCGCUCACGCUCGCUCCGUACCCCGGCAAACAUGUUGCUGAUUGGAUUAGCUACGUCAGAUCUGGGUGUCGGCUUGUUCGUCCAACCAUUCUUCAUUGCCCAUUUAAUCUCGUUUGCUAAGCAAGAAACAGCGAAUUUUACUUGCAUAUCCGCUGCUGCCUUGGUAAUAACAGCUGCGUUCUUGUCUGUUGUUUCAUUCCAAACCGUGACUGUAAUCAGCUUGGAACGGUAUCUGUCGCUUCGUCUUCACCUUCGCUACGAACAUGUUGUUACGAUGAAGAGGGUCCGGCGAAUUCUCGCUUUUGUGUGGCUUUGGAGUGGAAUUUCCGCUAUCGUCUGGGUUGUGUUUGUCCCGUCUUACAAGUCCCACUAUUUCGCUACCGGAAUAGUACUAUGUUUGGUCAUUUCCACCGUGGCCUAUGUGAAAAUUUAUCGCAUCGCUCGUUCGCAUCAAAAGCAAAUCGAAAGCCGCCAAGUUGCAGCAGAUCCCAACAAUAUGCGCCGCCGAACAAAAUCAGCUUAUAACAUGUUUCUAGUAUAUUGUGUGCUUUUAUGCUGUUAUCUACCUUACUCAGUCUGCCUGGCUGUGGGAAAAGUUACAGGCUAUAAAACAGGGAACUGGAUAGCAAUCAACUUUACACUAACAAUUGUAAACAUCAAUUCUUCCCUCAACCCGCUCAUUUAUUGUUACCGAAUGAGAGAGAUUCGUAGAGCAAUGGCACACACUUUGUAUACAAUGAUUUUGCGAAGAACGAAAGCGGCGAAAUAGCAGACGGAAGGCAUAACCACAGCUGCCGUUUGGAUAAAAUGUUAAAAAAAAAAAA